AAUGUCUCUCUCACUCUUGACCCCUCGCCUGGUCACCAAAAACACCAUUGCUCGCAUUGUUCUUGUCAGAAAUGCCUCUUCUGGACUGACCCUCAAGCACGAACAAACAAUCAAAAUUAACGACCAGCAAGGAUUCUUCAAAUACCAGCGCGACGUUUCCCGUGAUACUCGUUACUCAAACCCAGCCAAGCCAGGAGAUACUGCUGCCAGAUUCAUGUUCCGCAAGCUCGGACACGCCUACGAGAUCUACCCACUCUUCGGACUCCUCGCCAUUUGGUGCGUCCUUUUCGGAUACACUGUAUGGUAUUCUUUCGAGAAGGCCGAAAUCUGGCUUGACAGAAGCCACACAGUUGCUCCAUGGGACUGGGAAAGAAUUCGCAACAAUUACUGGAAGAAACCAACUUUGGUCUUUGACCCAACUGGAGUCACCCACCAAAGACUCGAGAUCUUGGAAACUCUUCAAGACGAGAUGGUCGCCGCCGCCAAGGAGAGAGGAACCAGAUAAAUCAGCUCAUGUUUCUAGUGAUUCUCCCUUCUAAAUUUUUGCGUUGUAGUAUCUUUUUGAUCGACUUCCCACGACUGAAUAAACACUUCGUGAAC